AACCCAGUGUUGGAUCCCUGGUAUGGGGCAAGAGACAGUGCUGAUGAGUUGGUUACAGUGGGUCUGACAAGAGCUGACUACCAGGAACAUGGUGGGGAUAGGAUAAAACACCACCGAAGAGGUAAUAAGUACUGGGCAUCACUGACCCCAGUAGCACCUGAGUCAGCCCCAAGUUCCACAGUUCCCAGUAAAGAGACCACACCAGCACCAGAGCCUGGAACAACAGUUGAACUCUUGCAAAAUGUUGAGGGUACAGCAGACUCUGCUUCCAAUUAG